ACCUGCCAGACUGACGCGACCUGGACCGGAGCUGCACCAACAUGUACAGAUGUUGAUGAGUGUGUCGCAGGAAAUGGAGGCUGUGAGCAGUUCUGUACCAACACCAUCGGCAGUUUCAACUGCUCCUGUGCAGCUGGAUUUACCCUUAACGUGGAUCAAAUCACUUGUAGCGGGAUGCCACCUCCUGCAAACAUCAGUGUUAAACACGUUAGUGAGAAGUCAGCCACUGUCCAAUGGGAGCAGCCCGUUCGAGAUGUCCUGAUUGGCUACAGGGCGUGGCUAACGGACAAAGAAUCCAUGCUUACGAUUCUUACUCAGUAUCUGCCCGAGUUAGUGACUACGGCUACCUUCAGUCCUCUCACCCCUGCAACAGAGUACGUGGUGGCCGUCACCUGCAUCAGUCCGUACGUCGAGGGACCACAAGCGGAAGUACUCGUCGUUACAUAUACCGACCCACCAAGGCAGUUGUAUGUGGAGGACAUCACGUACAAAAGCCUGUUGUUGUCCUGGAUCCCGCCGGUAGCCAAGCUGACGGGUUACGAAUUGACAUACAGCAAAACAGAGCAUUACAGGAAGCGACGAUCUGUUAGAUCUGUCACACUUCCCGGAGACAUCACUAACUAUGCUGUACAGGGACUUGUCCCUGUCACUCAAUACGUCAUCAGCUUGACGGCGGUCAGUCGCAUACCGCCAGUUUUUACUGGGUUCAACAUAACAGGGCUCCUUCCUAUGACGAAGUACACUAUUCGACUUUCUGCAGUUACCAAGUACGGACGCAGUGCCAAAGCUGUGAGCCACGGCAGCACGGACACAGACACGAGGGAUUUUUUCAAACCACCGCCACCUGAGAUGGACAAUCCAGAGUUAACCUCUAUAAUUCCUGCAACAGGUACAAACCCUAGUACCACCUGGAUUCGGUACGAAAAAAUGUCAUUAGAAAUCCUGAUUAGAGUUAUUACAGAGAUUGAUAAAAUACUCCAACCAGACACGGCACUAUCAUCCUCAACCGGACUACCUCCCGAACUGCUUCGUCACGCUCGAUUUUCUAUGGUGGAAACCAUUGAAAAUGCAGCAGACAGUCUACUAGCCAUUCUCCCAGAUACAGAAGACUACUUGAAGACAUUUGAAUUAAACGAUACUGUCGUAACGAUUGCCAGGUCUAUUACCAAUAAUAAAGUGGAGCUGCAAGGUGGCCAAGUUAACAUGUCGGCGUAUAUUACAAAUUGUGCUUUAGAUGACCAUGUAGAUGCUAAGAUGGUUGUCACAAAGAAGAACAUGUUUUCCUGGAACGCGUCUACCUCCCAGGAAAAUAUCACCACGCCUAUGACAAUGUUUUCUAUUGGGCAUCCACGCUUUGACGACUGCUCUGUGCAGCUGGAACUCUCGAUCCCAGUCUCUUUUGGACCUAUUGAACAGCUAAGACGUCGGAAACGUGGCAUUCGGGAACCUGGUUAUGUUGGGACCCAAGUUGCAUUGGAUAACGCGACAAUGACCUACCAUGUUUUUGAUGUCCCAGCUCCAACUGUUGUUGUCGUCAUGCAUAUGUCGUGGUGGGAUCACGCGGCAUCGUUUCAAGUUUUCUUCCGCUACGAUUCGCCACCAACAGAAGAGCUGUAUGACGACAGGAAGGUAGUUAGGGAAGAAUACAGUCCUGCUUGGCUUCAAGACACAAACAGCUUACAAACGUUAACUCCGGAUAUCCCAAGACGGAAGGGAAAACUGUACAUUGGCGUACAGAAAGCAGGGACGCUGGUGUUUGGGACCCACAUGAAGGCAUACAGCAAUAUGUUACAAACAACAUUUGCGUUAUUGCAGAUGUUGUUGGGAAGUUUCUCUGUGGAGGAAAUCUUAGGAUCGAACAAAUAUGUUGGCCCGAUCUUCUUCACAUUUUUCAUGAUACUCAUCUUUAUACUACUUGUCAACUUCCUGGUAACCAUCAUCUGUGAUGCCAUCGCUUCUGGUGCCUACAUUGCCGAUGAACAUGACCAAGAACUGGCUGAUUAUAUUUGGAGAAGCUUCCAGGAAUUAUUUGGGUUUUACGUUCCUCCAGGAACAGAUGAAAUAACAGAUGACGCGAAAGAAGCCAAGCUGAAUUCAAAGUUAGACAUUGUUGAAGACUCUUUAGAUGAAAUUUUAGACAUUACACGGUGUCUUUUGCAAUACAGCAAAAUGGAUAUGUCCCGACGACCUCACCCUGUCAAGACAUGCCCCUGA